CGAUAUCCCACCGAUAAGGCCUACUUCAUUGCCAAAGAGAUUCUGACCACAGAGCGGACGUACCUGAAGGACCUCGAGGUCAUCACUGUGUGGUUUCGCAGCGCUGUGAUCAAAGAAAACGCCAUGCCCGAAGGCCUGAUGACCCUCCUCUUCUCCAACAUCGACCCCAUCUACGAGUUCCACCGAGGCUUCCUGAAGGAGCUGGACCAGAGGCUGGCUCUCUGGGAGGGACGCUCCAACGCUCACGUCAAAGGGGACUACCAGAGGAUUGGAGACGUGAUGCUGAGGAACAUGUGCUCUCUGAAGGAGUUCACCAGCUUCCUGCAGAAACACGACGAGGUGUUAACGGAGCUGGAAAAAGCCACCAAGAGGCUGAAGAAGCUGGAGACGGUCUACAAAGAGUUCGAGCUGCAGAAAGUCUGCUACUUACCCCUCAACACAUUCCUGCUCAAGCCCAUCCAGCGCCUCAUGCACUACAAGCUCAUCCUGGAGAGGCUGUGCAAGCAUUACUCCCCCUCCCACCGCGAUCACGACGACUGCAAGG